AUGAACGUAUCACUAUUUCAAUUUUUCGUCGUCAGUCUAUCUAUCUAUCUAUCUAUCUAUCUAUCUAUCUAUCUAUCUAUCUAUCUAUCUAUCAUAAGAAUGUCUUUUUCACUCCUCUUUAGCUCGUCUCUCUCCCUAACCAUCCUAACAGACUUCUAUCAGGUUGCCAUUUUCGCUAACUGUUUUUUUCAUGGUGAUUUUGUUUUCUUUUCAAAAGCCGUCCCUUCUAUUGCAGAUAAACAUUUCCUUCAUUUCAGACGAAGGAAUUUCGUUCCUUUGUGGUUUUCCUUCUUUCUCCCCACCCCGUAUCUUUUUUAUUUAUUUAUACCAUUUUCCACCAUUUUAUCUACUGUUCACAUUAUCUUUUUUCUCUUAUUCUUUCUUUUACGUCAUUAUUUCCUCCUAGUACUUUUAAUUUCCAGUUCCUUUUCUUACUUACCUAUUUUCAUCUUUAUCUUUCUUUCUUUCAUUGAAUUAUUUUUUAUCUUUCUUUCUCUUUUUGAAUCAUGGGUUUCUUCUUUCUUUCUUUCUUUCUUUCUUUUAUUUUCCAGUUUUUACUUAAUCUUCCGUUUUCUAUAUUUUUCUUCCUUCUUUUCCUUCUUUCUCCCAUUGAAUUAUUUUUGUUUCUUUCUUUCUCUUUUUGAAUCAAUUUUUUCUUUCUUUCUUUCUUUCUUUCUUUCUUUGAAUUACAUUUCUCUUUCUCUGAAUAAUUUUCAUUUUUCAUUUUCAUUCCUUCGCAUUAUUCUUUUAUCUGUUCUUUCUUUCUUUCUUUUUUUUCACACCUUUAUUUCUUUUUCAUUCUUUCACUUUCAAUAA